AUGUCGGCUGCCAGCCUGGACUUCGCUGCGGUGGAAAGUUUCCUGGACCGGCACCCGGAGCUGGUGGAGAAGUGGCUGAAGAGGAGGAAGUCGCUCGCCGCAGCGCCUCCCAGCGCCAGCACAGGCAGCGCCGGCGGCGGCCUUGAAGCCCGGCGAAGCAGCGGCAGCCCCAAUCUGGGCCCCGCCAGCAGCUGGGCCAGCAGUGACCCCGGGGAGGCCAGCGCCGCCGGCGGGCUGCAGCGAAGGGCCUCCCAGAAGGAGCUGAGGCAGAGCUUCGCCAGGUCCAAGGCCAUCCACGUCAACCUGACCUACGACGAGCACGUGCACGCCCGAGCCCAGGAGCCCCUCAGCAGCAUGCGGAGAAGGGCCCUGCUCAGGAAAGCCAGCUCCUUGCCCCCGACCACGGCCCACAUCCUCAGUGCCCUGCUUGAGUCCCGGGUCAGCCUGCCCCAGUACCCGCCCACUGCCCUGGACUACAAGCGCUACCUCAAGGAACACAACGAGCGCCAGUUCUUCCUGGAGCUGGUCAAGGACAUCUCCAACGACUUGGACCUCACCAGCCUCAGCUACAAGAUCCUCAUCUUCGUCUGCCUCAUGGUAGAGGCUGACCGGAGCUCGCUUUUCCUGGUGGAGGGAGCCGCGGCGGGCAAGAAGAGCCUGGUGUCCAAGUUCUUCGACGUGCACGCGGGCACCCCACUCCUGCCCUGCUGCAGCACCGAGAACUCCAAUGAGGUGCAGGUGCCCUGGGGCAAGGGCAUCAUCGGCUACGUGGCAGAGCAUGGGGAGACAGUCAACAUCCCAGACGCUUACCAGGAUCGUCGCUUUAAUGAUGAGAUUGACAAACUGACUGGAUACAAGACAAAGUCAUUGUUGUGCAUGCCCAUAAGAAACAAUGAUGGAGAGAUUAUUGGUGUUGCCCAAGCAAUAAAUAAAACUCCUGGAGGUGCUUCUUUUACUGACGACGAUGAAAAAGUGAUGCAGAUGUACCUCCCAUUUUGUGGAAUUGCCAUAUCUAACGCCCAGCUAUUUGCUGCUUCAAGGAAGGAAUAUGACAGAAGCAGAGCUUUGCUGGAGGUAGUUAAUGACCUCUUUGAGGAACAGACAGACUUAGAGAAAAUUGUUAAGAAAAUCAUGCAUCGAGCCCAGACUCUGUUGAAGUGUGAACGAUGCUCAGUGUUACUCCUGGAAGACAUUGAAUCACCAGUGGUGAAGUUUACAAAAUCCUUUGAGUUGCUGUCUCCAAAAUGCAGUGCUGAUGCUGAGAACAGUUUCAAAGACAGUAUGGAGAAAUCAUCAUCUUAUUCUGACUGGCUAAUAAAUAAUAGCAUUGCUGAGCUAGUAGCUUCCACGGGUCUUCCAGUGAACAUCAGUGAUGCAUAUCAGGAUCCUCGCUUUGAUGCUGAAGCUGACCAGUUUUCUGGCUUUCACAUAAGGUCUGUUCUUUGUGUUCCUAUAUGGAAUAGCAACCACCAAAUAAUUGGGGUAGCUCAAGUGUUGAACAGGCUUGAUGGGAAACCCUUUGAUGAUGCUGAUCAGCGAUUAUUUGAGGCUUUUGUUAUUUUUUGUGGCCUGGGCAUCAACAACACAAUAAUGUAUGACCAAGUGAAGAAAUCUUGGGCAAAGCAAUCUGUGGCUCUUGAUGUGCUGUCCUACCAUGCAACAUGUUCAAAGGCAGAAGUUGACAAAUUUAAGGGAGCAAACAUACCACUGGUGUCAGAGCUUGGCAUUGACGAUAUCCAUUUUGAUGACUUUUCACUCGAUGUGGAUGCCAUGAUUACUGCAGCCCUCCGGAUGUUCAUGGAACUUGGAAUGGUUCAGAAAUUUAAAAUUGACUAUGAGACACUGUGUAGGUGGCUUUUGACAGUUAGGAAGAAUUAUCGAAUGGUUCUGUAUCACAACUGGAGGCAUGCUUUCAAUGUGUGCCAGCUAAUGUUUGCAAUGUUAACUACAGCAGGAUUUCAGGAGAUUCUGACUGAAAUUGAAAUUUUAGCUUUGAUUGUGGGAUGUUUAUGUCACGACCUUGACCACAGGGGAACCAACAAUGCCUUCCAAGCCAAGAGUGGAUCAGCUUUGGCUCAACUUUAUGGAACUUCUGCAACUUUGGAGCACCAUCAUUUUAAUCAUGCUGUCAUGAUUCUUCAAAGCGAGGGUCACAACAUCUUUGCUAACUUGUCCUCCAAGGAGUACAGUGACCUUAUGCAGCUUCUGAAGCAGUCAAUAUUGGCAACAGAUCUCACUCUGUAUUUUGAGAGAAGGACUGAGUUUUUUGAACUGGUUAGUAAAGGCAAUUACAAUUGGAACGUCAAAAGCCAUCGAGAAAUAUUUCGAUCAAUGCUAAUGACAGCCUGUGACCUCGGAGCUGUGACCAAACCAUGGGAGAUUUCAAGACAGGCAACUGAAUUGGUAACCAGCGAGUUCUUUGAACAAGGAGACAGAGAGAGGUCUGAACUCAAACUCACUCCUUCAGCUAUUUUUGAUCGGAACAGGAAAGAUGAACUACCCAGGUUGCAGUUGGAAUGGAUUGAUAGCAUCUGCAUGCCUCUGUAUCAGUCUCUAGUGAAGGUGAAUGUGAAACUGAAGCCCAUGUUGGACUCUGUGGCAGUAAACAGGGGUAAAUGGGAGGAGCUGCACCAGAAAACACUUCUCUCCCAGACAGUACCCUCCUCCUCAUCUUCCAGCUUUACUUUGUCUCUUGAAGAUAUACAUUAA